AAUCCAAGUAGCGUAUCGACACUUUCCUCGAGACCUCAGUCUUGCCGAAGAAAAUCUUGUAGAGCCUCGACCUGGCACAGGAUUUAGGUCCGCGAGAGGCUUGCUCGCCACACCUGGUGCCCAGGUCAGGGUCAGGGAGGUGGUGGAAGUUUUAGCGAACAAGGCGCCGCCCCCGCCGGCAAAGCUGACAUCUCUCGUGAAGAGUUUGGAGGGCUCGGAGGUCCCAACGGUCGUGGCCGUCGACAGGGAGUGGCUCUUCACCCCAGCAGAGGAAGUUGCGGCAGGUCAAAAUGGACCAAAGUCAAAGGCAGUCACAAUGGACCCGAAAUUCGGCGCGCACCGGAAUAAUAGCCAGCAUUUUGCAAAACUGCUCCUGCGCCCUUUUUUAAUGGAGUCUGACGUCAAUUCUCAUUCUCUUGAAUCUGGCCGGAAUUUCAUUUCUGGGAAUUCGCCAAAUUCAAAACGCAGCGCGUCGGACCACAAAGAUAAACACGAAGGUCAAUUGUUGAAGACCUUGAAGGACGACCUGAAUGAUAAAGUGCACGCGCUACUUCGGUUGAUGGUGAUUUACAACAAAAGCCGCGGGACGGGCUCGGGGAGCAGUGUCUUCGCCAACGCGGGCCAGGCACUGCGUGUGCUUGAAGAGGAGUACAACCAGGCCUGCACCAAGCUCAUGAACUACAAGCUGCGGGAUGCGAGCGACGGGUGCAGCACGGACGAAACGACCAGGGCCGAGGCGGCCCGAGUGGCCGAGCUCAACUCUGUCGAGCAGGCCGGAGGCUGGGCAGCGCACGGUCGCACUCUCAUGUCACGCUUCGUGCGUAACGCUCUUCGUGGUUUUCGCGCGCCGUAGUCGAGAAAACAACUCAUUGAGCGACUCGUCCAAAUGGAUUUGCGAAAUGUUGUAGUGACCAACUUGAUCUUGAUAUUCCGGUGAAAAGCCUGAAAAGCAUAAAAUAUUUUUUCUUAUUGUGUAUUAAUUUUGUUUUUUGGCGUUGGCGCUAUGGCGCACUGGCACUUUCUUUCAUCAGGGUUUUCAUGGCUGUACCUGCGCCGCUUUGCAGGUAGAACAGCACAUAGGGCAUCCCCGCAAUGCCUCUGCAGGUGCGCGGUGCUUGCGUGCCGCGCUUUUCGCUUCUUUUUCAAAGGGCCCACUCGAGAAGCUCAAUAGCACUUGCAGCCCCGUUGUCGGUGAGGAUUCGUUUUUGUUCUAAGGCUAUUUUCUACAACAACUCAAUCUUUAUUGUUAUUCAUAUUCUAGCGCCGUCAGAUUUUUCGUAUUUUCCGUUUCAGUGUGAAGAUGUUUCCCUUGUCUUUUUGUGAUUGCGAAGGCAAUUGAGCUCGUCCCGCGCUCGCGCAGGCUUGGGGAUCAUAUUAUUUUUCCUCGCGUUAAACAAACUCAUUAAAUUCCAAACGAUUUUUUUCUUGUCCGGGAAUUUUUCGCUCUUCUUUUUUCUUUCUCGAAUAGCCAGGCAAUGCCACGAUUGAAGGCAGACACGCAUGACGUUACUUCAAUUAGGCACGGCGCUGCCCUUUUGCUAUGAUAAAAUAAUUCAAAACACGCACAAGAAGUAUAGUAAGGACGGAGCACAUUGAAGAUGGCGAUUGUGCUUUUUUUGAAUGGCCUCCGUUCAAAAGAUAAAGUGAGCACAUCGGGCAAAGCCCCUGGCCCUAUUGCGUUCAGUCUCUGUAUAAUUUUCGUUUUUUAUUCAUCUUACUCAUGUAUGGUAUGCAAUUAUUUACUAUGCGACUGCUAAAAUUAGGGCUGUUCAUUAUAAAAUAGUGCCGUACGUGCUUGUGUCUUCGAAUGAAAAAGACUCUGGUGGAGAGAAUGACGGCCUUACCUAAGUUUGACAACACCCAC